AUGGCUCGCUCCACCUGUCUGUCGCUCGUCGCCGUGGCCGUCUCCGUCGCCGCGGUGUCUGCAGUUCUCGGCGAGGCGUCCGGAAUCGGGUUCGACCUGCACCACCGGUCGUCGCCAGUGGUGAGGCGGUGGGCGGAGGCGCGGGGCCACCCGGGCGCCGCGUGGUGGGCCGACGCCGAGGGCACGCCGGAGUACUACGCCGCGCUGUCCCGCCACGACCGCGCCCACCUCGCCCGCCGCGGCCUCGCGGAGGAGGGCGACGGGAAAGGGGGGCUGCUCACCUUCGCCAGCGGCAACCUCACGUUCCGGCUCGACGGGUCGCUGCACUACGCGGAGGUGGCGGUGGGCACGCCCAACGCGACGUUCCUCGUGGCGCUCGACACCGGCAGCGACCUCUUCUGGGUGCCCUGCGACUGCAAGCAGUGCGCGGCCACCGCCAACGCCUCGGAGCUGCGCGGCGGGCCGGAGCUCCGGCCGUACAGCCCCGGGAAGUCGUCGACGAGCAAGGCGGUCACCUGCGAGCACGCGCUGUGCGAGCGGCCCAACGCGUGCGCGGCGACCAACAGCACCAGCUGCCCGUACAGCGUCAGGUACGUCUCCGCCAACACCUCCUCCUCCGGGGUGCUGGUGGAGGACGUGCUCCACCUCAGCCGGGAGGCCGGGGGCGCGUCGACGGCGGUGAGGGCGCCCGUAGUGCUCGGGUGCGGGCAGGUGCAGACGGGCGCGUUCCUGGACGGCGCCGCCGUGGACGGCCUGCUGGGGCUCGGCAUGGACAAGGUGUCCGUGCCCAGCGUGCUGCACGCCGCCGGCCUCGUCGCCUCCGACAGCUUCUCCAUGUGCUUCAGCCCCGACGGCCUCGGCCGCAUCAACUUCGGCGACGCCGGCCGCCGCGGCCAGGCCGAGACGCCCUUCACCGUCCGGAACACGCAGUAA